AUGAGAAUUAUAACAGGUGAUAACACUGGUUUGACUAAAGUUGUUGAAGUUGAAUCUUCUAAAGUCAUUUCAUAGUUUAAUUAACAGGAUAGGGAUAACGAAUAGGAUUUUUUAGCUUUCUUUGGAAAUGAAAAUAUGAUCCUUAGUGGUAACAGAAAAGGUGUAUUAUAACUUAACGAAAUUAAUGAUGAAGGAGCCCAUGAGAGAUUAAUAACUAUUGUAGACAAUAACAAAAACCUUAUCGGACUAAACACAAUUAACACUGACAAGAUUGUGCUUACUUACGAUAAUAACUCCACUGAAAUAGCAAAUUAUGAUUAAGAAUCUGAGGAGUUCCAAGAAUUUUAAGAAAUCUACAAUGCAAGUUAAAGUCAAAUGCAAAGAGCAAUACUUAACGAACAAGACAAGAAAUCACUAUUGGUAUUAGCCAAAGAUAUUAACCCUUAAUUAUACGAUUUAGAGACAAAAUAAUAAAUUUGGAAAGCAAGAAACGUUAAAAAUGAUUGGUUAGACUUAAAAGUUCCUAUUUAUGAUGUAGAUGGAGCAUUCUUCAGAGACAAUUCUUAAAAUAUUUAUACAAUUAAUGCAUAUAAGAAGAUGAGAAUUUAUGAUUUAAGAUAAAAUAACUCUUAGCCAACCAAAGAUAUUCAAUAAGAAUUUGAUUUUGAUAAAUCUGCUUUUAGAAAAAUGUAACUAUCAAAUUGUGGAAAUUAUAUUUUUGUUACUACUGCUAAUGGAAAUUUGUUCAAGUUCGAUGUUAGAAAAGACUUUAGAAUGGUUUGCAAUUUCAAGGGAUCAGUUGGGUCUGUCAAAGAUAUCAAAAUUCAUCCUACUUUACCUUAUAUUGCUUCUGUUUCUUUAGAUAGAUAUUUGAGAGUCUACCAUUAAGAGACUAAGUAGUUAAUAAACAAGAUUAACUUAAAAUAAAGAUUACAUAGUUUACUGUUCUCCAAUUAAGGACUCCUUAAUGAAUCUGAAAGUGAAUAAGAAGAACAAUAGGAAGAAGACGAAGAAAUACUAGAAAAUAAAAAGAGAAAAAUACCUUCAUUGAAUGAAGAUAGUGAAGAGGAAGCAGAAUAAACUAAUUUAACCAAGAAAAAUUAAAAACUUCAAUAAAAAGAUAAACUCAAAAAUUAUGAAAAAAGAAGUAUUAGCUCUAUCUCAUAAAGUUAAACUUAUCAAAAAAUAGUUGAACACAAAAAGAAGUUUUAAAACUUAAAAAAACACUCAAUUAAGCUAAAGUAUUUAGAAGGUAAAUUCGAACAAGAUAAAGAAACCCUUUUAUAAAAAAUAGAGCUCGAUAAGUAAAAAUAAGAGUAAAAAUAAUAAAAAUAAAAAAUUGUCCAAGAAGAAGAAGUCGAAGAGGCUUAUAACACUGCAAAAAAAGUAAAAAAAAUUAAGAACUGA